UGCAAGGAGGAAAGGUUGAAAAGAAGAGGACGAAAGUAAAAACGCCUACAACAUCAUUCAGACUUCUUCCCCUGGUUCUCAGUGUCCGUAAUAUUAUUUUGGGAUUGACGUUACAUGACAUGGUGACAGAAAUGGCCCUAAACAACUCCCUUACAGCAACUCAGAGCAUAGUGGACAAUAGAGCAGCCACAGCUAUGGGUGCCCUCAUCCUGAGCCUCGUCUUUCUUUUGGGUUGUCCUGGAAACCUCUUCAUCAUUUGGAGCAUCCUGGCACGCGCCCGGAAGCAAAACGUCACCACCCUCCUCAUCCUCAACCUAGCUAUCGCUGAUGGCUCCCUGAUGGCUCUCACCCCGUUCUUCAUCAUCUACCUGGUCUUAAAGAACUGGGUGUUUGGGAACAUGAUGUGUAAGGUCCUCUUCUACCUGUGUCUGGUCAACAUGUACGCCUCCAUUCAGCUCAUCAUGCUGAUGAGCCUGUACCGGCUGCUGGCCGUGCUGUGGCCGCAGCGCGUCACCCUCAUCACUGGUCGAAAGACCGUCAUGCUAGUGCUGGCGGUGUUGUGGAUGCUGGUGGUGGUCGCCUCCAUUCCUGCCAUGGUAUUCAGAGAAGCCAGGGAAACUAUUAAUCUCACAGUGUGCGAUUCAUUCCAUGAUAAAGACAGUGAGGUGGCUCUACAGUACAUGCUGGAGCUGGUUCUGGGGUUUUUGAUUCCCUAUGGCGUCAUUGUCGUCAGCUACAUCUGCAUCUUGCGGAAAAUCAGACAGACCAAAUUCCGCCGACGCAUCCGCAGUGAGAAACUCAUCUUGGCCAUUGUGGUGACCUUCUGCAUCUUUUGGUUGCCUUAUCAUGUCGUCAACAUGGUGCAAGUCGCAUGGGCUCUAUGGCCGAAGGGUUCCACAAAGGACAUGCUGCAUCAAAUAUGGAGCAGGAGUCGUGCCGUCACCUCUUCCAUCGCUUUCAUGAGCAGCUGCGCCAACCCGGUGCUCUACUUCUUCGCAGGAAAAUCCUACAUCCGACGAGAAGGUCUGGCGUUCAUGGCCCGUUUGUUUGAGCGCACGGGGGUGGACUCGGGUGCCACCAGGAAGAGCCGCCAGAACAGCCGAGACAACAGCCGCGACAAAGACAAAGACGCUGAAAUUGUCAUGCUACAGAAUAAAGAUCAAGAAUCUGUUACAAACUCCAGCUCUAAUGCAAAACCAGUAAAGAAUGGGAAGUAGAGGACGUGAUGGUCUGACGUUGUUCCCCUCCUCAGAAAACAAGAUUCACAUGUUUUGCAGCAAAAUGUAACUGGAUGCAUGAGUAGGGUGAAGAUGUUCCUGAAGGUGCUGAUCCUGGACCAUUUGGACGUGAGGACACCCAGAGACACUGCUAUGUUUGAUACUAUGAACUUUAAUAAAGAAAGACUAUGGACCAGGAGGACACUAAUCUGUGUAUCAUUAAUUUAUUCGUUUUUCAAUUUAAAACCAAAAAUCAAAAAAUACUCGUUUUUUUGUUUUUCAUUUUCAAAACCACAAUGGAAAACGGAUAACAGUUUGUUUUUCCAUUUCCUGAUUUUGU